UGUUGUUUUGUAAAAAUUACGCCACUUGGCGUUAUUUAGCCCAACCUUAUAAAUGAUAAGCGGAGUUCACCGGAAUGUUUAUAUUUAGAAACAAUAUAAAAUAAAAUAAAAGAAUGGGUUUUUAAAACAAAUACUCUAGUCUAGAUCUAGCUUCCAUUCUAAAUACUAGAUCUAGAUCUAUACGAUUAGUUGCUGGAAUAGAAAGUAAAGAUGAGCAAAAAUUCAGGAAUAGCUUCACCUGGGGCUGGCAGUAUCCGUGGUGAUGUAUCAUUUAUUAGAGCAACAUCAGGGUCAGGCUCAUCCUUGUCAAGCUCCAAUCAAAAUUUGGAUAAAAUCACACCACAUCAUGUAAACCAACUACCAUCGGCCGCGCCUAGGCUUUCCCAAGACAUGCCAAUCCAACCUCAUCUUUAUCAUCAACAACAUCACCACCACCCCCGCCCACUUUCACAGCAACAACACCAACAGUCACACCAACAUCAGUAUGUUCCAGAACAUAUGGAAGGACAACAGUAUCUGCUAAAACAACCUCAUGGAGCUUGUGGCGCCAGUGGUGACUCUGCUGGAAGAGUCCAGUCUGCACAUACAGGGGUGGAAGGCUGGAGUGACAGGGAAGAAACUCUGGCUGCAGAAUUAGAAGAGGCAAAAAUUAGAGUAUCACAGAUGGAGAAAACCAUGAGGUGGUGGUCAGAUUGUACCUCGAAUUGGCGAGAGAAGUGGAACAAGGCAAGAAACGAGCGCAACAAAGCUAGAGAAGAAAACAGAAUUUUGAGAGCAAAGCUAGAGGCUCUUGCUAAAGAGUUUUCAAGGGUCAAAAGGGAGAAUAAAGAAAUGUUUGUUGAGAAGGAGAAGGUUCAGGAAUGUAGCCAAGUUCCAUCAAUUUCUAGUCUAAAUCAAUCACAAGAAAAACUAGUAGAGUUGUCAGAAAAAGAAAAGACAAUUUUGGCAUUAUCUAAUGAAAAGGAGUUUGAAAGUCUAGAUGACCUAAGUGAAACAUCUUCAUCGGUAUCUAAGAUCUCUAAAGAUAAAUUAGAUGAGAAAGAAAUUGAUGAUACAGACAGAUCAACAACCCAUGAAGAAUCUGUAACAGGGGAGCGAACCUACAUGGUUGCUGAAAUAUCAGAGAGGCUUACCCAGCUUCAAGAAAGGCAAGCCCAUCUUGAGCAACAGCUUGCACAGAGCCAAUCAAAAGCGUCGCAAGCGGAGGAGAAUGUAAUGGAGAUGCAGCGCAAAUUGGAUGGAGCAAACAACACAAUCCAAGCUGAGAAAAUGGAAAACUCAAACCAUCUCAAAGUGAUUGAUAAGCUUCAGAAAGAACUGAAAGAGGUUAACAGCAAACUAACAGAUGAGUUACAUGGGAAACAGCAACUGAUGAUGCAGAGAAGUACAGACUCUGAGCUCUCCUUAGAUGGGUUUGAGAAAAUGAAAGAAAUGCACCAAGAAGAGUUGACUCGCCUAACAUUAGACCUAGAGGACGAGGCCUGCUCAAGAACAACCAUGGACAAACGUGUUACAGAGUUGAGAAGAGAGUUGGAACGCAUCCAGGCUGAUAAUGCUGCGGAGUGGGCAAAGCGAGAGAGACUGGAGUCUGAUAAACUUGCACUAGAGCGAGAGAACAAAAAACUGCGUAUAGAGGUUGCAGAUCUCCAGGAAGAAUUAGAAAAAAGGAAUCAAACCUCAACCUCCAUGGCGGAUUCAGACAUAAAAACCCUACAGUUUGAGCUCACUGAAAAAACAAAAGAAUUGUCAGAUUUGCGGCAUGUACAUAGCAAGUUGAAGAAAGCAUUGACAGAAAGAAGCACUGAGCUGGAGCACACAAGGCGUAGAGCAGAACAGUACGAGACAGAAGUUCGUAAACUUAGGAGUCGUGUGGAUGAACUCAAGCAUGACCUUGCGGCGGCAGAAGAUGAAGUUGAUAACCAAGGCAAUGCAGCCCGUAAAGCCCAGAGAACAAAUGAUGAGCUUCAAGCUCAGGUUGAAAGUUUACAGGUGCAGGUCAAUCACUUACAGUCAAGAUUACGUAGAAAUCCAAACUCUGGGGCUCCCACACCAAGGUCAACAAGUCUCAAGUCCUUGACCUUGGAAGAUUCAGCUGAGCUAGCUGAUAGUGAAAAUGAUUUUGAGGACAAUUAAUUGACAACUCGACAUUUUCAAAGAUAAGAAUCUCAUUUUGUCAUUUGUACUUGUACAAUUGAGAAACUUUCUUUAGUUGUGAACAUGUUUUGUUUUCUUCAUUAUGAGAUUAGGAUUUGUCAACUACCUAAUGUAUUGUACAGAAACCUAAAUAAAAUUGUAUAAAAAUGUGUCGACCCUACAACUUUCUUCUGUGUACAGCUAAAACAAAAUGUAAAAGCAUUCAUUAAUAUUCACUAGAUUAGCCCCUACAGCAUCCAUGAUCUGUUCAUAUAGUUCUGUCUUGAUUAAAUGUGAUGUAGCUAGUACAUUUCAUUGCUCAAAUAAAACUGCUUUAAAUUUCAUUUAAAAGUACUAGGGUACUGAAAUCUAUAUUGUGUUGAUUUAAACCUGUAAAUGACCACAAAUCUACUUGUGCUUGGAUUUUUCUACCCAUAUUUUCCUGGUGUUUGUCUUCCUGAAUUAAGAAUUAUUAUGUAUUUUUUAAAUUAGAACAACUGUAGUAUUAAAUGUAGUGUACUAACAUGACCUAAUACAUUAGAAUAACCUAAUGUAUUUUGUAUAAUUUAUUAACCAGCUGAUCUGAAAUAUGUAAAACAGCCAUAACAUUUUUUUCCACUAUUUUACUACUUUUUCCUGCAAAACAUUGUGUAUAUUUAUUUAUUUUUGUCAAAUGCUCAGUCCUAAUCUUAUGUAUCGAAUUUUGUUUUUAAAUAUGUCAAAUACAUAAAAUAAUACAGCUGGAACAUUAUGCUACUGAAUGCAGUACAUGUUUUACAUUGUCCACUUUUCAAUGCUGACUUUCCAGAUAAAUAGAGCAAUCAGGUAGUUCAAAUCUCAUUCAUUUAAUAGUUGAAUUCACACUAAAUUCAUAAUUUUUCCCAUUUUGUAACAAUUUUGGGUCCAAAAAAGGUGUAGAACAAUUCAUAAAGCUCAAAUCUAAAUUUAAAAGCUAUUGAUACACUACCUCACACCAAUUAAAAAGAAUUUGUUUCAAUUUUUAAAUUUAUAUUUAUUUUGUAAAUAAAGAAACAGCCAUUACUUUAUAUGGGAUUGUUUCUAAUUAUCAAUUGGUUUGUGCAGCUAUAUUUAUUUACACUUGUUAUUUUUACUGUUUUAUAUUAGGAAUCUUUCUUUGUAUAAAACCAUUUUAGUCAUAUUCUCUACCAGAUUUUACAUUUUUUUUAAACAAUGCAUUUUUCUGUACACAUUGAAUUUUAAAUUGUACAAAACUAUAUUUUUUAAGUUUCUGUUGUAAAUUUUAUGCUGAUAUUAAUCAAACUUGGUGUCUAUGCAGCCAUGUUUCUAUUAGUUUACAGUAGUUUUUCUAACAUUGUUUAUAUUUUUUUGAGGAGUUAAGUAUGUUUACUCCAAAGAAAGAAGGAUAAAUGUUGUUAAACAUUUUUUGCUGCCUGUUAUACCAAACUGCGAAGGACUGAAAUUAUUUUUUUCUAAGACCACUGUUCUGUACCAUUUUUUGACAGAAUUACCAAUAGCAGAAGUUUUAAAAGUAUAUAAUAACCACUACUUUUUAAAUUAAAUUGUUAUCAUUUUUACAUUAUUGAAAAUAUAAAAGCUUAAAAUUGUUAGUAAUUUAUAUUUAUCACACUUUAUUUCCCCCUUUGUUCUCUGUGUGGGUUGUCUUAAAGCAGGUGUUUCUUUUGCUUACUUUCUACUACAUUGAAUUAUAUAUAAAAUAUUUUUUAAGUACCAUACUUUGAACACUGUAUAAAAUGAUUCUUGCCAUUGGUUAUAAAAUCAAAGCUAAAGCUCAUGUUUCUAUGCAUUUAAUUUGUAAUGUCUAAUUUGUUGACCACACUUGGUUGUUGUUGUCAUCAUUUCACCUUGACUGUUGUGUACGACCUUGUACUCUUGGUUGUAAUAGUUAUUUCAACUUGCUUGUGUGGUAAUAUUUUUUUUCUUCUAAACUUGGUUGUGUGCUUGCAAUUAUCUUUUAAACCUGCGUGCAUGUUUGUGAAUGUGACUUUUUCAUGUACACAGUAUGGUUAUAAUAAAUAUUAUACAGUACCCUUAGUUAUGUGGUUUCAAUAUUCAGUUAAUAUUCUGUCUCACUCAAAUAGUGAUUACCUAAAUAUCAAUGUUCAAGAAUUAUUGUGUUAUUUUGUACAGGUUUUUUUAAACUUUAUUUUAAUUAACUCUUUUUUAAUUACCACAGUU